AGUGGUUGUUAGUCAGGCUUGAAGUUCCUUGGAAGAAGGCCGGAAGUUUGAGAUAGUUGGAGUUCUGUAUUUAUGGAGAACUAUGAAGUAUUAGAGCAGAUUGGGAAAGGCUCAUUUGCUUCUGCUCUGCUCGUGAAGCAUAAACGCGAAAAGAAAAGGUAUGUUUUGAAGAAAAUACGACUUGCCCGACAGUCUGAUAGGACCCGCAGAUCUGCUGUACAGGAGAUGGAGCUUAUUUCCAAAGUGCAAAAUCCUUUUAUAGUAGAAUACAAAGAUUCAUGGGUUGAAAAGGGUUGCUAUGUGUGUAUUAUUAUAGCUCAUUGUGAAGGAGGAGACAUGGCUGAAGCAAUUAAAAGAGCCGCUGGAGUUCAUUUUCAAGAAGAGCAACUCUGCAAAUGGCUUGUUCAGCUCUUGUCAGCCCUUGAUUACUUGCAUGUUAACCAUAUUCUCCAUCGAGACGUUAAGUGCUCGAAUAUAUUCCUAACAAGAGAUCAAGAAAUUCGACUAGGUGAUUUUGGUCUUGCUAAAAUGUUGACUUCAGAUGAUCUUGCAUCCUCUGUUGUGGGAACUCCUAGUUACAUGUGUCCAGAGCUUCUUGCAGAUAUACCUUACGGUUCUAAGUCAGAUAUUUGGUCUUUAGGAUGCUGUAUAUAUGAAAUGAUGGCUUUCAAGCCUGCGUUCAGAGCAUUUGAUAUGCAAGCUUUAAUCAACAAGAUCAAUAAAUCUAUAGUCGCUCCACUUCCAACCAUGUACUCUGGUGCAUUCCGUGGGCUUGUUAAGAGCAUGCUGCGGAAAAACCCAGAGACAAGACCAAGUGCUGCAGAUUUACUAAGACAUUCACAUCUUCAGCCAUACGUACAAAAUCUUCACUUAACUUUAAACAACCCAAGACGCCAUACAUAUCCGGUCUACAAAAAGAAAACAAGAUUUGUCGAACCUGAACCUCGAAUGGUUCAUUCUCACAGAAAUCAGCAGCAAUCUUUUAGCAGUGACCGGGCCUUAAAUCCUAGUAUAUCUGAACAUGAUCAAGUUUCUUUGUGCUCGGAGAAUGUAGACUAUCUGUCAAGAUCCUUGACUAGUAAACUAUCCACUGUCAGUUUGGAUGAAGAGACACCAGUAGCUUCAAAGACACCGGUUGCUAGUAGAACACCAAGAUUCACUCCAACAAAAACUUCUACUCCCAGAAGACAAACUAUUUCACCAAAGAUAACCGGACAGGGUUCAAAUCAUGAUUUGCUCCCAGCAUCUCAAACUCCAGCUGGAAGACCUUCACAUACUGUCCGUAGAAUCUCUGUACCAAAAUCCAACACGGGUCAUUCUCGUAUCACCUCUCCAGAUGUAUCGGUCAAUGCUCCACUUAUCGACAAGAUGACAGAGAUCCCAUUAGCCUCUACAGAAGAACGGUUAAUCCUACCUGUCCCUAAAAGUUCACCAAUAUCAACCCAAUAUCGCUCUUCUGACACAUACCCAAACAGCAGAGACCAAUCAAUUACAAUGGACCAUUGCACCAUGGUCAAGAUCAUUGACCACACCCACAAAAGAGCAACCAGUGGUACAGUUAAAAGAACAACCGAGUGCACCACAACCGGGGUUACUUCAAGCCACCCGUUCGCAGGUUCACCAGGACAGAACCGUAAGUUUGACACAUCAUCCUUCCAGCAACGGGCUGAGGCCUUAGAAGGGCUGUUGGAAUUCAGUGCACAGUUAAUGCAGCAAGAACGGAUCGAAGAAUUAGCAGUUUUAUUAAAACCAUUUGGGCCUGAGAAGGUGUCUCCAAGAGAAACUGCCAUUUGGUUGUCUAAAAGUUUCAAGGGAAUUGGUGGAGAUGCUCAGAAUUUUUAAUGAUUUGCAGUUUGAUUGUUUGAAAAGUGCAACUGUAAGUAUCUAUGAGUUGCUUGCUCAUAUAGGAUAUAAGUGGAAGGUUUUCUUUCAAGCCUGACAUGA